GCUGAGCAUGUGAACGGGAAGGUAUGAGGACUGCAUGGAUGUUUGAAGGGUCAUAACACAUGUCACUUCUGAACCUAGCAGUCUUGUCGAGCAAGCCGAUGAGGAUGAACCAUGGCAAUAACAAAUAAAAAAAAGUCUUCCAAACUUGGUGACACUUCUAUCCACCGAGGUAGCUUCAGACCAUGAAGGAGUUCAGCAAAAGAGUACAAAUUAAGCUUGCAGAUGUGCCAUAGCAAAGGUUUGAAUAAUUAAGGUUAUGCUUAUAGUGCUGAGUAAAAAGGUGGUUUAAAAAGUGGGAUGCCUAAAUGCUACAGACGACUCAGAGUUUCAUAAAUACCACAAAUCUAGGUCAUAGCCCCUUCAAAGAGCGAGGUAUCUUUGAUUAAACCAGGUCGACAUAAAUGUUGUGCUUGCAAAGUUAGCGCUCACAACAGCGCUUACGGUUUUUACACGUCACAAACAUUCUUACCAUUUUCUGGUAAACUUCAUCACAUCUGGGUUGUUUUUUACAGUCUGACAUGUGCAGAAAUACUAUGUGACACCAUUAUGUGACGUCUUAAAAAAGAGGUUAUGGAAAAGCGGGUAUUAAAGGUAACCCACUUUUUGUUCUGCUGCCUACACAACUUGCAUAUGAACGUGAUAAUUUAGGGGAGUAAGAAAAAUUAACAGAAUACAACAAGACAUGAAAUAUCGAAACAAAUACUUGACAUAUUAUCCAUUAAACAUAGAGACUCGAGACGACAAAAGAAUGAAAUGGAUUUUAUCAUUGGAGUUUGGCAAGUGGUGUUCUUUUUCCUUUUCAACUGCAAACUGUGUGAAUGCUACGGAAUCAGAUGUGCUGGAAAGGUAAUAGUCAAAUCAAACAUCAUUCAUCUGGGGACAAACUUGACAGUACGAUGCCAGUUGGACACUGAAAGGUAUCGCCAACACUUUGCCAUAGCCUUCAAUGGAAAGACCAUUUUCGAAAAAAAAAAUAGCUUUUUUGUACAAACUGAGAUAGUCGUCAAUCAGUCCAAAUCUUGGGUCCUCUGCAUGGUGAAGCAGAAUGAAAACUGGCACAUUGUUUGCGGUCAAGAUCUCACAGCUGGCUAUCCGCCACUAAAGCCAACAAAAUUCAACUGCGUCACGCACAGACAUUCAGCCUAUGUGAACUGCUCCAUGGCAGUCACAACUGAGACACAUUUAUCCACCAUCUACACAGUAACAUUUGAGCAUGAGUGGACAUCUCAAUCCCUUCAGUAUGAAAUGAAGAAUGGCCAUGUCUCUAUUCCAAGAUCUGUGUUUAAUGAAACCUUAACAUAUGAAGCGCAUGUAAAGGGACACAAUGAAUUAGGAGAGGCUAACUCCACUUUCACCUUCUCAGUUUUGAACUGCGUGAUUCCCAUCACUCCAGAGAUAACAAAGGUUGAGUUUAACAAUGGCUCAUUUUCUCCUACAAUACGUUGGGAGAGCUCUGACGAUUCGCUGAAACCAAGGUUAAGGUUUAGAAGCGUAGACAAUAAUCAGGACUGGGUUCUGGGAAAAGUGACAGAGCUUCAAGGUGGACUCAUACUAAUGCAGGAACGCUUAGAACCAUUUAUGUCAUAUGUGCUGGAGCUGAGAGUGUGUGUCAAUUCAACAAACUGCAGCAUGUGGAGUCAACCCUUCAACAUAAACACCCCUGGAAUAGCACCCUCUCACAAACUGGAUGUGUGGAGAAUAAUCAAUAAGAAAGAUUCCCAUGGCCUUCAGGAUGUUACUGUGUUGUGGAAGCCAUAUAAAUCAGAAAAUUACACUGGAAAUUUGUUACAAUACAAAUUAUCUUAUGAAGAAAAGGAAAAAGUCCAUGAAAUGAACUGCUCAACUGAUGUCACUCGACACACACUUCAGCUUCCCCUUGAAGUGGCAGAGAUUAAUGUCAAUGCUAUUACAUCUGCAGGCUCCUCCCCCACAGCACUUGUCAGCUUGACAUAUACAGGUAAACCAGCUCCAAUCGUAACAUAUUUAGCUCCAGCACCAGGGGGCAGUGUGCGUCUAGAUUGGGACGUGACUCAUUACAGAGAGGGUGUGGAAAGAAUUAUGGGUUAUGUAGUCCAAUGGCAUAAGAGUCCAGUGCAUUUACAAUGGAAGAGAUUAACAGGAAACAGCAGUUAUACAUACCUUGAAGGUAUGCAAGCUGGUGUCUUGUAUAACAUUUCUUUAUAUAUUGAAGAAGCCAGUGGAGUUUCAGAUCCUGCAUUUGGUCAAGUUUAUUUAAAAGAAGAGAAGCCAUUGACUGGUCCAGAUGUUUCAAUAACUCCUGUAGAGGAGAAGCACGUUCUCCUCCAAUGGGAAGAAUUAGAGCAAGAGAAACGGAGAGGAUUUAUCACAAACUAUACCAUUUACAUUUGGAGACACACUGACAAGAGGCUCAUUCAGAACAUAACUCUACCCUACACACUUCCAAGAUCUCAAAAAUGGAAGCUUCUGGAUCCGCAGGAAAGUUUCGACGUACUGGUCUCGGCAUGGAACUCUGCAGGUGAAGGACCCAAAGGAAAAGCCGCCACCUGCUAUUCUGACAGGAGUUUGACAUGUGGGAAGACUGUGUCAGGCUACAUAACAGAUAAAAUGGUAGCUGGAAUUUGCUUGGUGGCUGCUGUUCCUAUAGUGAUCCUAGCCAACCUGAUGUAUCUAAAAUGUGUGCGGCAAAGAAUGAUGAAGAUGUGCAUGUCUAUGGGAGUCACAUGGCUUUUUGAGAAUUUGCCUAAAUUUGAUAAUAGCAACGCUAUAAAACUACUAAAGGAUGAGAGCUACCAUCCAUGGGAACCUUUUCCUGGGGACAGUGAUCCUCCCUUAACUCCCAUUGAAGAAGUUACUCAAUCCUGGGAGCGGCAAGACUCUUAUCCAACUGUACUUCAUGAGGAUGUCCCAGAAAUAUCCGUGGAGAGGCAGAAUUGUAUUGAAUGUCCCUAUAAGCCACAGAGAACAGAAGGAGUCUAUGAAACUACAGAACAAGAGGUAAAAGAAGAGGAGGAUCAAUUCCAGUCGCUGAUGUCUCCAUUACAUCUGCAUUAUGACUUUAGUUGGGAUAUAAGCAGCUUUCCUGUGAUACCUGGACCCCUCAAUAGCAUCUUACCUAUGGACGGAAGUCUUGGAUCCUUAAGCGUUCUUGAAAGCUUUCUAUCAACCCCUCAAUCAAACGAAAACGAUGGAGGAAUAAAAGAGAAUAAGAGGAAUGUGGAAACACGAAAUGUAGAGCAGAGAUCAUUCAUAAGCCAAACUGUACUUCCUAAUGACCUAGAGAGCUGUCUCCUUAUUUCUAGUCCAUACUCCCCACAAGGGGGUUGUUUUCAUUUUCUGCAAGAAGAGGAUUAGGAGCUCUUUUGUAAUGAAGUGUCCCGUCACUGACAUCUUUAUCUAAAGAUGAAGGAUGCAUUUGUCCGAGCCUCGAUCAAGACAACAUAGCAAUGAGGCUGAACUUCCUGCUUGUAAAGGGACAAUUGUGCGAGUCUGAAAAGUCAAUAUUUAGUUUGGUGACACUAGUGAUGUUGGAAUGCUGCGAACAGACAUGCAGCGUAAUUCAAACUGUGAACUGUUCUAGUGCUGUUUUAAGAAAUAGAAGCACUCUUGGAACGCCGAACCAAUGCUAGAAAUAAUGUUAAAUGAUACGGCAUAUAGGAGAUGUUAGUUAGUUAGUAAGUUUACCCGAAACUUACAAAAUGCUGUCAUUAUUUACUCACCCCCUUGUCAUUUACAACCUAUAUGACUUUCCUUCUCACGCAGAACACAAAUGAAGAUAUUUUGAGAAAUGUUAUUAACUGGCCCCCGUGCACUUACAUUGGUUUUGUGUCCAUCCAAUAGAAUGGGGGCCAGUGCUGUUACCACCUUUCUUCAAUAUACCUUCUUUGGUGUUCUGCAGAAGAAAGAAAGUCAUAAAGCGUCAAAAUGACAUGAGGGAGAGUUAAUGAUGACAGAGUUUUCAUUCUUAAGUGAACUAUCACUUGUCAUAAUUUAAACUUACCAUGUUUGCCAUAAUGUGAACACUCUUUUAAGACCACAUACAAACUAAAUUGCACUUACAAGGACUUAAACCUUAAGCAUUACUUUUUACAGAAAUGAACAUAUCGAGGCAUUGAUGUUUACUGUACUUCACAUCUGUAAAUCUCCCUUAGCGAUUCAUGCGCUUCCUUACAUUAUGUAGUAGGAAUAUAUACUUUUUUAAAAUAUUAUAUUUUUGUGGUAAGUAUAAUAUUUUACGUGCGCUAUUUCAAUACUACUUGGUAUCAAAUUGACCCACUUUUAGUUUUAACUUUUAGACUUUUAAGUAUAUUUUUGUGUAACUUUGAGUGCACAGCUACUUUACAGCUAUGUACAAAUAUACUUUUCUGUCAGUAUAGAUCAAGAAUCCCAAUUGUUAUUUUAAGUAUAUUUCUUCGAAGUACAUAAAAUAUAGACCGAAAGUAUACUCUUGUUUUUGUUCUAAAAGAUACUAAUAGUUCACUUGCAUAAAAGUGUAAAAAAUGUCUUACUAAAAUACUCAGAAAUCACAUGUUAUGACGGAUACAUGUCUUUUAAUAAACAGCCAGGACACUUGUCUACAAUAACCAUGACACUGACAUGCUUGUAUCAUAACUGUUAUAUAUGUGGUGAGUUUUUAAAAAUAGUUUUGAGUUCAGACUCCUUGAGCGGUCACAAGGGACAACAUGUAUCCUCCUCACUAAAGGAGGAAAUAUCAGCAACAUAAAAUGUUUGUACCAGAAGUGCAGCUGUUAUGAAGUUCAUUGAGCCCAGACACCUUAAUUCAUGGCUUAAGUUUAACAAAAUAUGGUGAUUUUAAUUUGCUCAGUGUUCUUUCCCUUGGAAUCACUGAAAACGUCUGAAAUUAAACCACUUGCAUGCAUUUUACAUGGUAAAAAGGUUUCUGUUUAUUAUCAUUAUCACAAUCUGAGUUGGUUCAAACUUGUAAAUCUGCAUUUGGCGUGUCUAACCUUGUUAACCUAGUAUGUUAUUUUUGCCAUGUGCAAUUAGCCAGUGGGUCCCAAGAGGUGUAUUUCUGUAAACAGUUGAUGCCCUGCAGAGACACCUGCACCACAAAGCUGUUUUUAAAACUUCCUGAGAAAUGUCUUAUGACGCUCUUAAGAAUACACUUCAACAUCGCGAGAGCUCAUUCACAGCACGUGUCAUGAUCUCUGCAUAAAUGAUAUCAUAGCAAAUUUCCACUUUAGUACUGUGGUAUAGAUGACACAUGAUGAGAUGAUGUGUGAGGUACAGGGAGAGGGUUGGGGGUGCAGCCUCAUACCUUACAAAAGUUUUUGGCUCUUUUCUGAUUCUAACCAAGACAACAUUUGUUAGAAUACGUGCAUAUUGUGUGAGUUCAUGUUAAGGUUUAUAUUCCAUUCGUAAUAUGUGUAAAACAGGAAUAAAUAUUUGUAUAGGCUGAGAGAAGUAACACAUCACCACAACUUGGUAAAAAAAACUUUGACCUUUACACGUAGAAAAUGAAACCCCUGUCGUGUUGCAAAUGACUUUUUGGAAAUGUACUUAUUGUUUUGUAUCCCAGAGAGCCAAUCAAAUCAAAAAUAGUUCAAAAUAGAUUAUUUUCCUUUAAAUUCUAUUCAUAAGUUGCUUUGACGUACUGUUUUGUCGUAAUUGGCAAAUUUGGUAAAACUUUAUCCCUCAGAAGGCUA